UGUGAGUAUACAAUGAUCAAUUCAGCCAGGCCAGUUAUUAACUUAUAAAGCUUAAAAGGUUUAGUUCAGCAAGAACUGGCUCUUUGUCUGGCAGAGGUAUGAAUCAUGGCUUGCUGAUUUGUCAAUAUAAAUGAUCCUCGUGCUGUUUUCUGCUUCUCGUUGCAGCAGAACAUUGACAUUGAUCCAGAGUUUCAUCAUGUCAAGUGGAGUUUUGGGCCGUCUGAGUUCGCUGACUUUGAGUGUACAGCAGCUGGGUCAACUACCACGCUUGUCGAACUGGUUGCCCCGUCUACCUUCACCUCAAGCCACCGUACUUGCCUCUGAUGUUCCAAGCCUGUUUCGUGAACCCUUUAUCUUGUCAGGCUAUCGUCCGGUGCAUCAGGAAUGGUGGAGCUACUUUUGUAGCCUCUUUCAAUGUCACAAUGAGUUGCUCAAUGCAUGGACACACCUGCUGGCAAUCCCUGCCAUUCUACUCCAAUUUUCUUUAUUUGCAGGGACAUGGGGGCUGACGCUCAACAUGGCGUCUUUGCCUCUGUUUUUGUAUGUGUUGUCAUCACUUAUCUACCUCAGUUUCAGCGUGGCCGCCCAUCUGCUGCAGUCACACUCUGAACUAGCUCAUUAUUCCUUCUUCUUUGUAGACUACGUUGGUGUAGCUGUUUACCAAUAUGGCUGCUCGCUAGGCCACUAUUUUUACUGUUCAGAGCCAGUGUGGAGGAACAGCUUAGUGGGUGUUGUGUUUCUGCCUGGUGCCGCAGUCCUGGCCUGGUUGUCCUGCACCAGCUGCUGCUAUGCCAAAUUCCGUUACCACCGUCCGUACCCUCUCAGCCGGAAGAUCUGCCAGAUCAUUCCCACCAGCCUGGCGUACAUGCUUGACAUUAGCCCUGUAGCACACCGCCUGGUCACCAGAUCUUGGGACGAGCCAGUGUUGGUGUUUCAUGCUCUGCAAGUGGUGUUUUUCAUGUUAGCAGCUCUGUUUUUCUCUUGCCCUGUUCCUGAGCGCUUCUUUCCGGGGAGAUGUGACAUUGUGGGCCACGGACAUCAGAUCUUCCAUAUCUUCCUUGCCAUGUGUACUAUGUGCCAGCUGGAAGCAAUGUUUAGAGACUUUCUGGUGCAUCGGCAGUCUGUUGUAUAUGUGCAUGGAGAACACUUUAUCUUAUUAGCUGGAGGAUCAUUCUUCUUGUUGGUGCUGUGCAGUGUUCUGACUGCAGUUCUUAUGAGAGGAGCUGUGCAAAGGCAACUAAAGAAAAAAGACUGAAAACAAAUUUGAAAUGAUUUUACAAAGCAGAUGUGCUUAGUUAUAUACUGUAGUACUAAGAGGUAUUUAUUAAUAUAAGUUUUAAAAUUAAAAUAAUUUUCUUGUAGUGCAUUUAUUAGGAGAAUUGUGAUGGUAUGCCUUUUCUUUCUUUCUUACUUUUUAUUUUAAAAGUCCCACAAUCAAAUUUUGAAAUCCCAGAUAUCAGUCUCAGGGAGGCAGUUUAUAUUUUAACUAUCAAAUACUUGUACACAUCAAAUCAAACACAAAUACUAAGUGGGUUUUCCCCACAAAUGAAUUCACUGCUGCUGAGGAUAAUCUACCAUUUAGCCGACAUUCCUCUGAGAUCCAGUACUGUAUGGCUUUGCAUAACCGGCCUGUUUACAUGAAAAUGUCUGGGACAUGAGUUUUUUGAAAGCAAAAACAUUCAAAUUAAGGAAUAAAGAUGGAUUUGGCACAAAUUAGAAUGAGGGAGAGUUGAGGGUUGAUAAGGGAAACAAAGAAGCUACUUUUAUUUUGCACUCAGCGUUGUCAGGCAACGGUGUUGUGGUGGAGGAAUGGAUCAAGUCU